UAUUUUCCAGAUAAUCCAUCCGGGCCUUAAAUUUACGUCGUAUUUUAUAUCUCCGCCCAAAACACAGUCGGAGGCUUUGAAAUCAGCUCGUCAAAAAUUCCAGUCAGUGGAAUCUGAGGCAUCGAAGAGCUCAGAGUUAUUAAAAGGGAAGCUGGAGGGAUUGAAUGAAAAGGUACAGGGAGUCAUCGAGGAUGCAGGAAAAACGGAGCUGGGUAAAAAGCUGGACAAUUGGACUAUAUCACGUAAGGAAAGAAUUAGACAAUCAUGGGAUUCAAGGACGAGUCUGUAUCAAUGUACUAUUGACUAAAUUGAGAAAACGAAAGGAGAUAUUGGAGAGUGAAGAGAAAAUGGUUGAGGCUAAUACAGAGGCGACCGGUGUUCUGGACAAGGGGAAUAGUUCAACAUCAAAAUUCGAUGGAAAUAGUGGCCAGAAACUAGCGUGUGGAAUUAUCGCGAGAUCAUCAGGAGUCUUCGAAAAUACGAAAAGAAUUUGUGCCUGCGAUGGGACGACCCUGUGGGAUGAGCGAGAUGAGUCUAAACAAAAAGGUUCAUUCAAAAAUACUUUCAUAUAUCCAGUGUGUGGUAAUAAUCUUUAAAUUCGACCCAGAGUGGAUAGUG